AUGGCGUUCUCCGCGCGGAGGAGCCUGGCCUCCGCCCUCUCCCGCCACCUCACCCGCCGUCUCCACCCCUCCCUCCCCCACCUCGUCCCCUCCCACCACGACCGGAGCGGCGACCCCUCCUGCUCCUCCCCUCCGCCGCCUCCUCCUACCCACCAACCCUCCCGGUUCCCCUCCAGCGACCUCCGCCGACGCUCCAGGUCCCUCCCCCUCCCCUUCGGCGCCCACCUCACGGCCCGCCGUAACUUCUCCUCCGGACCCGCCGCGGAGGGCAUCCUCUCCGACGCUGCAUCCUCAGUUCUACCCGCGCCGCCUUUCCCGGGGGAGGUGGCCGCCGCCGCCGCCGACUCGUUCCCCCCGUUCGCCGCCGUGCAUCACCUCAUCGACGCCGUCCACUCCUUCACCGGGCUCAACUGGUGGGCUUCUAUUGCGCUGACAACCGUGUUGGUCCGGGCCGCGACGAUCCCGCUGCUGGUGCGCCAGUUCAAGGCCGAGAGGACGAUCAAUGCAUUGAAGCCAGAAGUUAAAGCAAUUGAGGAGGAUAUGGUAAAUUCAACGGACCCACGUGCGAAGCAAGAGAGGAAUAAGAAAUUGAGUGAGCUAUACAGAAAGCAUGGUGUUAGUCGAUUGACACCGUAUAACCUUCUAUUCAUCCAAGGGCCUAUCUUCAUAAGUUUUUCCUGUGCUAUAAGUAACAUGAUAGAGAAAGUCCCUUCUUUCAAAGAAGGUGGAGCAUUUUGGUUUACUGAUUUGACAACUCCUGACGAGCUUUACAUCCUCCCGGUGUUGAUAUCAAUGGCAUUCGCUGCGGAUGAGAUCAAUAUAAAAGCAAGCAGAAGUCCUAUCCGGCAAAACAUAAAGAUUGCGAACAGAGUACUGGCAGUUUCGAUUGUACCAUUAUCAAUGAGCUUUUGCAAGGCACAUUUCUUCUACUGGGUGCCAUGGACCUUGUUCUCUCUUGCGUGUCGAUUUGCUUUCCGGAAUCCAGCUGUAAGGCAAUACAUGAAUAUUCCUCCAGUCGUACCACGGCAUGUACCUGCUGUGCAAGUGUCGACCUCCAAGGGGCCAAAGCCAAUUCCAACAUUUGAUUCAUCGCCUGCAGUUAAUGGAUCUGAGCAGUCUAGUUCUGAGCCUAGGGACAAGAGUGUAGAUGUUGAGAAGAAGCGGCGAACCCCUAGUGUGAUAACUAUCAGAGUGCGAGAGUAAUAACCAACAGAAUACUUUGAUCCGAAGGAGGACCCUGUCUUGUACCACCGGCAGCAGCGGCAUCCUCGUGCUGAUUCGGUGGCGGUGCCAUCAUGGUUUUUAAUGUGUCCUGGAAAUUUGCCUGUUUUAGGCACUUAGGCGAUAAGAUGGGGGUAGAAUGUCUUACCGCCUUAAAAACCAUGGGUGCCAUUGUCAUGAACGAUCUGGCUUGGCGAAAGCAGAGUUCGGUGGGACUGCGGUGAUAUGUUUAGAGUUUAAUUGGGCUUGGAAUGCAGUUCUUUUCCUUGUCCAUCUCAAACUGACAGGAUUGGGUGUAACACUGUAGUAUAGGCCUUCCGUUGUGUUGAUCAUGAUUAAGGCAUGUAAAUACAUUCAUUAGAACAUUACAGUUGGGCAUUGUAGGAAAUUCUCAUAUAUCUACUCGUGAAACCCUGAUUGGGUUAUUCUGCACUUC